GUUCCCAGGCUAGGGGUUAAAUACACACAUAUAUAUGUGUGUAUAUGUAUAUAUGUGUGUGUGUAUGUGUAUAUAUAUAUAUAUAUAUGUAUGUAUGUAUAUAUUAGUCCCUUCUUCCCUCAGAGCUAUAAUGCCAGCACUGUCAUAAAUCCAUAUCUGAUGAAUGUGUGGAUCUGAUUCUGGGCUAUUUGAUGAUCCCUGCACCAAAACCACACUGAAAUAUAGAGCCUGAACAUAUCCAGUGUUUUACGGAGUGUGAAGAGAUAUCCUCAUACUACAUUGGUGGGAAUGUAAAUAGUGGCAAAUUGUGGGGAGGAAAAUUUAGUAAUAUCAACCAAAAUUUUUUUCCACACCCUUGGCAUGUGGAAGUUCCUGGACCAGGGAUCAGACCCAUGCCACAGCAGCAACCGAGCACCUGCAGUGACAAUGCCAGCUCCUUAACCCACUGUGCCACAAGGGAACUCCCCCAAUUUUUAAAUGUACAUAUUCUUUGUCCAGCAGUUCCACUGCUAAAAAUAGAUCCUAUGGGUAUGCUUAUUAAGAUGUGUACACAAAAACUUAUUUGCAGGAUUGUAAUAGGAAAACAAAACCUAAUGACUAACAAUAGGGGACUAGUCAUUUAAAUUAUAAUACAUCCACGCAAUAGGAUACCUUGCAGACUGUGUAUGUGUGUAUAUAUGUUAUAUAUAUGUGUACGUAUAAAUGUGUGUGUGUAGAAAUAGAUGGUUAGGACAGCUGGUUAUCCUAAUGGAAAAAAAACUACUUUACUCACAUUAUACACAAAAAUCAAUUCUAGAUGGAUUAAAGACUUAAGUGCGAAGGACAAAACUCUAAAAUGUAAUAAGGUGUCACAGGAGAAUACUUUUCUGGCUUGAGAGAAGAGGAAUUACUUUAAUAGACACAAAAACACAAACCAUAAAAGAUGAAUAACUUCCCAUUUUGAGACACCUGUCCAUCAAAAGACAUAAAGCGGGUGAAAAGAAAUCUGUGACACCUACAACCAGCAAAAGAUUAGUAUCCAGAAUCUAUAACAAAUGACUACAAUUCUGUUUUUUAAAGACAUAACAUACAUAUUUUGCAUGCAGAAAAAUGGUCAAAAGAAAAGAACCCCGAUUUCUCAGAACAUGAAGCACAAGUGGCCCUUAAAAAUAUGAAAAGAUGGGCGUUCCUGUUGUGGCUCAGCCGGUUAAGAACACAACGUAGUGUCCCUGAAGAUGCAGGUUUGAUCCCCGGCCUCAAUCAGUGAGUUAAGGCUCCGUCAUUGCUGUGGCAGAGGUCACAGAUGUGGCUCCAAUCUGGUGUUUCUGUGGCUGUGGCGUAGGCCAGCAGGUGCAGCUCGUCUGCAGCUCAUUCAAACACCCUGACCUGAGAAUUUCUAUAUGCCUCAGGUCCAGUCAUAAAAAGAAAAAAAAAUGAAAAAAUGCUCAAGUACAUCAUUAAAUAGGGAAAUGAAAAAUUAAAACCACACCAAAGCAUUUCAUAUGGAUGGUAAAAACGAAAUUUAAAAAAUCCAUUCCAAGGGGCGGGCAGAGAUUCGGAAUUACAAGAACAAUCAUACAUGGUAGGUGGCAUCACAUGUUGGCACCACUACUUUGGAAAGCAGUUUCACAUUCCUCUGUUAAAUUGAACAUGUGAACACCCUUCAGCCCAGCAAGACAAUUACGGAACACAUAUGAGAAGGUUCUUAGCUUUAUUAUUCCUAAAAGGAGGAGAGGGGAACUGGAGUAAGACUGGAGCAAAGUGGCCAAAAAAGGAAGACCUGAAGGCAAUGUUGGCCCAACCAGGAGCGUGGCUGCUGCAGUGAUCCAGCUGUGUCACUACUGGACACACAUCACAGAGUCACGUGGUGCCAUCUAUGGAGGAACUUUUCUCCCUCCUGCUCUUAUCAUUUGGCUUUGGCAGUAGGGCUUAGGUGAUAUAUGGUCUCUUUUUCAGAAUUUGGGUCUAUUGGUCGGUACAAACCAGAAUAUGCCCUCUGAGAUAGGCUUCUUUCUAUGACGUUUAUUCUGGGAAAGGCUUUAUCCUCAGGAUGCAAGGGUUCCUCUCCUUUCCUUUGGAAAGUGCCGAAUCACAUGCAAAGCUCUGAGCCUUUCAGUUGCUUUGGGAAGCAGCACCAUUUCAGGUAAGGACAUCUACUCUAAAAUUUGGUAGGAGCAAUCGGAAGGUUUGGCUAGUUUGUGUGUGUAUAAGAAACAAAAUUUAGUAUAAGAAGUGAUUUAUGUAAAAUUACAUUUGGGAAACAUUGGGCAGAUUAGUAUCAGUGUGUAUUUCACAGAUAAUUCAAUGCCACAAAUCCUAAUGUUUAAUUAAGCAUCUUAGAAAUGAUAGCUCACGUCUGGCUCAGUCAGAAAUACUACUCUCAAAUUCUACCUCUGUGUCCCCAGUUAAGUUACUGAAGCUCUCUGUGCCUUAGUUCCAACAUCCUUUGGGGAUAAUGAUAUUAAUUUAGACGGAGAGCUGAGACGGAUGUGUGGCAUAAAGUGGCCGGUAUUAUUAUCUACUCUUCUCUGUGUGCUGAAUGAAGGGUGUUCACUAUUUUGGGGUGUUCCUGUUUUCCUGGAGUAAGUUGGUACUGCAACUACAGCACAACUGUGGUAAAAGGAAUUCUCAGGUGCUGGUUGCUGCCGUUUUAACAGACUUUGCUGUUCCCUUCAGGACAGCAGGUAAUCGCCACUCCUGGCUAAGUUAUAAAGUCAAGAGCACGGCUAUUUUCACAAUGAGCACAGCUCUGUGAUGCUCGUGAAGCUUGAUUGUGAGGAAUAUUCAUUAGUUUUCUCUAUGUAGAAUUUUAAAGGUAUUGGCUUUUCCAGAGCUUGAAAAUGCUUUAAUUUUCAACGCUUUGAACUAAGAGUGGAAAAUCAGUAAAACAAAAGAAAGAGACCUCCUAGUGUAGAAGGUAUGUCUUUUCGCCACCCAGGAAUAUCCGCAUUCCUAAGAAAAGAGGUAGACUUACUUGUAUCUGGGGCACAUUCGAAGUCAGCGCUAAUCCUGGCGACAGGAUCAUGCCUCUGCAGGGUUACAGGAUCAAAAUUCCAGCGUUUGCCUCUUGUGUGUUGCCCGCAGAUCCGCGGAGAUCUCCUUUUCAGACAUGCUGAGGAGCGUUCUGCUGGGCGCCGCGCUCGGGCUCCUGCGCGCCCAGCGCUUCCCCUGCCCACCCUCCUGCGUGUGCAUGUUCCGCGACGCGGCGCAGUGCUCGGGGAGCAGCGUGGCGCGCAUCGCCGCGCUCAGCCUGCCCACCAACCUCACGCACCUUCUGCUCUUCCGAAUGGGCCGCGGCGCCUUGCAGAACCACAGCUUCAGUGGCAUGACCGUCUUGCAGCGCCUGAUGCUGUCCGACAGCCACGUUACGGCCAUUGCCCCCGGCACUUUAAACGACCUGAUAAAGCUGAAAACUCUGAGGUUGUCGCGCAACAAGAUCACUCAUCUUCCAGGCGCGCUAUUGGAUAAGCUGGUGCUCCUGGAACAGUUGUUUUUGGACGGCAACGAACUAAAGAGUCUUGACCAAAACAUGUUUCAGAAACUAGUUAGCUUGCAGGAACUCUUUUUGAACCAAAACCAAUUCGCAUUCCUUCCUGCUAGCCUCUUCGCACACCUGGAGAACCUGAAAUUGUUGGAUUUAUCGGGAAAUAAUUUGACUCACUUGCCCAAGGGAUUGUUUGGGGCCCAGGUUAAGCUUGAGAAGCUUCUGCUCCACUCGAACCAGCUCGUCUCUCUGGAUUCGGGGCUGUUGGACAGCCUGCGCGCCCUGAAGGAGCUGCAGCUGGACAGCAAUCACAUCCGUUCCGUCGCACCCGGCGCCUUUGACAGGCUGCGAAGCCUGAGCUCUUUGACUCUUGCCAGAAACCGGCUCGAGGGUCUGCCCUCUGCUCUCUUUCUUCACUCGCGUAGUUUGACCUUCCUGACCCUGUUCGAGAACCCGCUGGAGGAACUCCCCGAGGUGCUUUUCGGGGAGAUGGGCGGCCUGCAGGAACUGUGGCUGAACGGCACGCAGCUGCUCACCCUGCCCGCCGCCGUCUUCCGCAACCUGAGCGGCCUGUGGGUCCUGAGGGUGACGCUGAGCCCGCGGCUGAGCGCGCUCCCGGAGGACGCCUUCCGGGGCCUGGGCGAGCUGCGAGUGCUCGCCCUGAGUUCCAACGGCCUGGCCUCCCUCCCCGCCGGCUUGCUGCGCGGCCUCGGCCGGCUGCGCCACGUGUCGCUGCGCCGCAACCGGCUGCGGACCUUGCCCCGCGCGCUCUUCCACAACCUCAGCAGCCUGGCGGAGGUCCAGCUCGACCACAACCAGCUGGAGACCCUGCCCGGCGACAUGUUUGAGGGUCUGCCGCAGCUGGCGGAGGUCCUGCUAGGGCACAAUCCCUGGCGCUGCGACUGUGGCCUAAGGCCUUUUCUGGCGUGGCUGCGGCAGCACGCGGCCCUCGUGGGCCGGGCCGAGCCCCCGCUGUGUCACGGCCCCAGGCCACACGCUGGCCUGCCGCUCUGGGCCCUGCCAGCCGGCGACCCCGGCUGCCCGCGUCUCGGGAGUCCGCCUCCCCGCUCCCCUGCUCUCGGUUCCUCCGAAGGCCCCCGGCGGCCAGCCCUGCCCGCUGCUCCUCCCGGAGCUGCCGGGGGGCUUAACCGCUCCGAGCCCUGGGCGUGGCACCCGCAGGGGGCCGAAGGCCAAAGCCCAAACCAUAGCCGGUUCUGGGGUCUUUAUUUUCUGCUUUUAGCAGUUCAGGCCUUGAUAACCGGGAUCAUCGUGUUUGCUAUGAUUAAACUCUGCAGGCUCUUUCGGAAAUUAAUCAGAGAGUGCGCUCUGGUUUGAGGCACUGGGCAAGCCUUGCAAUUAAUUAAAACGUAAUCAGAAUAUUGUCAGCAGGGCUCUGGGAAGAGUCCAGACCCGCUGCCUCUGUCUUCCUCUCCCUUCUUUUUCCUCCUCCUCUCUCACCUCCUUUCCUCCCUCCCUCCCUCCGUCUCUCCUUCCCCCUCUAUUCUACCUCGCAGUCCCCCCGCCCCCUCGCCCCUAGUACCACUUACAGUCGUAAGUUGUGACUGCUUGUGGUGCCCUUUGUCUCCUCCUCCUCUGUGUGUCGGCCCCUCCCUGACCCCACUGAGUGGUCUUUUCAGUGUGUAGUGAGGGAGGGUGCAGCCCCAGACAGACCAGGCCUGCCUCCCUCACCUGGCAGGUGUCUAGUAAACGUCUGUAAAAUGAAUGCCUUAGAAUGAAUACGUGGGAUCCAGCGAUGACAGCUUUUCCUAGGAGAGAGGAUGGAUUGCUCUCUUCACCUACUUUUAUUUGAAAAGCAGAAUUCUUCCCGUUCUUUUCCUGUCCUGUUUCUUCUCACUUUAGGUAUCUCCGACCCGUUGGGUUUUGAAGAGAACUCUGAACUCUUUCCAUGCAGAGCAUAUUUUCCGAGCAGGUCUGUGGGUUGACAGGCUGAAGGAGAGAAAACACAGCCUUCCCUCCAGGAGCUUGGCACCAGCGACAGCCCUUAGGGCAGGUCUGGGCUGAGCGCCAAGGAGCAGGGGAGCGGCGAGGCGGAGGGCCAGUGGGACCCGGGUGGAGGGAGGGAUGGGGGCGGCGCUGCGGGAGGUCUAAGAGGGGGGCUGGGGGGCGACGCCGAGGGCGACUAUCCGCAGGCGCGUGCCAGUGAUGCCCUACUCUGCUUUUUCACGUGGUCUGGGAGUUUCUAACAGCGUCCCCUAGGGGUGAAGUCUGUCAUUUUGACACUGGGUUGGUUUGCAUUUCCCGGAACUACAUUACCUCAUUUCACAAGCAUUUACGGAGCUUCUGACUGUGACAGGUGUUCAUGAAUGUAAUGAUAAGCUUGGGUUCUAGUUUAUUAUGCUCGGAUCACGUUCUCAUUUAUUCCAAUUGAAAGCAGUAAAACCCUCGUUGCUUUAAUUGUAUGUCUGCUUGCGAGAAGCAGUGGUUAAAACAUGGGCGGAGACACAGAACCCCGUGGGUUCAGAUCCCAGCUCCACCUACUAACUGCCUAGUACUGUGGCCAAGACACCUGAGUUGGCCAAGGCUUGGUUUCCUCACCCUGGAAAGGGAUAAACAGUACUUACCUCUUAGGGUUGUUGUGAGAACUAAAGGCAAUAAAGCAUCUGAUGACUUAGCCCAGUGUCCUGCAUACAGUACAUGCUCAACAAAUGAUAGCUCUUAUUAUUAAGGGCAAGCAAUGAUUACUGCUGUGAUGAUUUCUAAAAAAGAGCUUUGAACUAGUCUUUUUUGUGUGUACAUAAAGGUGACAGCAAACAGGCUCAACUUAGAGAUUACAUUCAAGUUAGUCUUCGCCUGUGGGUGGUCUCAGCCCUGUGCUCUAUGCUCAGGGUCCAGAGAAAAGAGAUCCUACAGCAAGGAGCAGGAAGAGCUGGGGUCCUGGCAUCUGUAGGCGCAAUUGUCUUUCAAGGUCAGGUUCAAAUGUCUCCUGAAGAGUCUUCCCUGAGUGUCCUGGAAGACUAAAGUGUUCCCUGCUCUGUGCCCCCUCCUAGGCUAUCCACACUAGGCACUCUCCCCCUCCAUCUGUCCUGCCUACCCUUCACUCUCGGUGUGUGUGUGUGUGUGUUUAUGUGUCUGCCUGUCUUAUUUAUUCUCAUUGCUCCAAGUUUUGAAACUACCUAUAGCAUAAAACUCAGACUUUCUUGAUGGAUAUGGACUGUGGCCCUAACCACCAUGUUUUCAGGCAAGGUACCUGGCUAGUUUCCUUACCUGCAGAGUGGAGGAUAAUAAUGGUCCUUACUAUCUUUGCAAGUGCCUAUGGGGCUCAGUAGAAGUUGGCUAUUAUUAUGGUUAGUUCUUUCAGAACACACCCGUGUUCUAGCAUGUCUCAGUGCAUUUACACACUUCCUUCAUUCAACAAAUAUUAAUUGAGUACCCCCCCCCUCCACCAUACCAGGCACUCUUCUAAGUGGAGGGAUAAAGCAGUGGAUAAAACAAAGGCUGUGCUUCCAUGGGAUUUAUAUUUUGGUCUCCCCUCCAACUGAAACAUCUCCCCUGAACUCCUGGCCAUUAUCUUCAAACACUGAGAAAAGUAUGGGGAACAAAUUUGGACAUUUCAUCCAGCUGUAUAAAAUCUUUAUACUUUGCUAUAUUUGCUUCAGGUAUUUUUAAACCCAAUAAACUACAGCAGAUAAAGCUGAA